GGUCAGAAAAGUCAGAUUCAUCCACGUGUCUUAAUUCUUCUUCUCCGUCCACCCAUCCGUUAGCCCCGCUCAGUUUCUUCUCGUUCUGCAGCUUCCCCUCCGCCAUUGAAGAGCCAAAAAAACAAAAAGAAAAAAAAAAUCCUAAAUAAAGUAGUAAAUUUCCAUUCAAAUGGGAAAACUGCUGUGCGAUUCGACGACCGUUACCGAGCCCUUUCAAGGUUCGUCGCCGAUUGUCCCUUGGAGGGAUCCGAAAUCCGCGCCCCUUGAAGCCAUCAAAGCCGUAGAUCUAGUUAACCAGACGAGUGUCGCCGCCGUCAACGACGGUUGGGAAGACGUUCUUGGCUUAGAAGAGCAGCAACGGCGGCACCUACAAAGGCUGCAGUCUAAGGGCGUGCUUUGGAAGGCUCCCGAGGAUGACCAUUCCUCUACCCUUAGAUCCGUCGUUUUCCGCCUUUCUCAUGGCGGUGAGGUCUCGGCCGACGGCAACUGCCUCUUCACGGCUUCACAGAAGGCGAUGGGCGGUGAAAUCGGCGCGCGGGAUCUGAGGAAGCGCACGGUGAGAAGGUUCUUGGAAGAUCUUGGAUCUGCGACUUUUCAGGAGAGGGAAAGCAUUGACGAUGCGAUUCGGCACAUGUACUCGCCGGAUCUGAGGAAUGGGUGGGGUGUGCAUGUUGUCCAGGAGGUGAAGUUGUUGGCCAAUAAGGGGGAUCGCGUAGCCCUUGAUUCGGCCAUCGAUGAGCUCGUUCUCCUUGGGAUGCAAAGAGAAAUGGCGGCAGAGUCUAUUUACAAAGAGAGAUGCGUCCCAGUGAAUGACGGUCCCAGUUGGGCCAAAUACAUGUUGCUCUCUGGAUCUUCUGACGAUGAGUAUGAUAUCAUCACUUUGCAAUAUACUGAAGAGGGCUUGUUAUCUGUAGAUGAGAAUCGAGAGGGUCAUGCCGCAGCAUUUGGUGAUGAUAUAGCCAUCGAGUGCCUAGCAACUGAGUUCAAGAGAGAGAUAUAUGUGGUGCAAGCACAUGGUUCUGAUGCAAUGGUUGACGAAGAAAACUGUGUUUUCUUCCUUCCACAUCGUCCGAGGAGCCAAAUUCUGGAACCUCCCAUUUUUCUCUUCAUGAAAGGAACAGGUUGGUGCGGUGCUGGGGCUGACCAUUACGAGCCCCUGAUUGCUCAUCCCUCCUCGGCGGUUUCGCCAGAGAAGGUUGCUGUUGUACUGUGAGGCUCUCGGCCUGCAAUUUUGUGGAAUAGACAUUGAGAGUAGUCUAGAUUUUUCUCCCCUCUUAUUUAUGGUUGGUAUGCAGUGUGGCUCCCCUGAUGAUGAAUGCUACAAGGGGAAUAAUAUCAUUGCAUAGCAUUUAUAUUUUCUUUUUGGUUUCCGUCAUUUAAAAAUCAAUUAUCAUUGACUCCUAGAAGGCAGGUUUGCCUGCAGUUGAGCAACCCCUAGAGUACUUUUUUUUGUGUAGUUUUGCCGGCUUCUGUUGUUGUUGUUCCUUUUUGUUGAGAGUUGAAUAGAGAAGGAGGGUACAUCAUGUAGGUAGUGUGUUGUUCAAACUGAAGGUUGUAUCCUGGUGGGUGAGUUUCAUCAAUUGAAUGAAGGAAAGUGACUUCUUGUUUA